AUGGACGCCACCAAGCCCGGCGCUCCCCUGCAGGAGACGCAUGAAGACGUUGACGCUCUCUUCGUCCAAAUCAAGAAGAACCUUGAAGGAAUUCGCGACCAGUUUCCCGGAUUCUACGACAAAGUCAAGAUCCUUGUUGCUACCAUGGAUCCGCACGCCGGGGAGGAGCCCAAGACGAAUCACUCUUCGCCCCUCAUCGACGCAACCAUCUACAAGGAGCAACGUCGCUCCCUGCCCGACAUGACGGCUGUCAAUGAAGCGAACAAAGUUGCUGCAAAGAUGAUCAAGGGCAAGUCAUACCCGGUUUCUUUCAAGUGA